UAAUAUGGGGAUCGGAAUUUCAAGUCCAGAGCCCGAAGCAUCAGAGGCAUAUGUAAUGUUGUUAGCACAUUUAAAAAAACCCCUCCAGAUGUGGCCACAAUUCCUGAUUCCUAUAUUGCAAUCUCAAUAUGUUUGCAAUCCAAGAUAAGGGUCAUGAAUGUGACACCAGACGUGAAAGAAAUGCUUACAAGACUUGACCAAGAAAUAACUGCCAAAUGUGGAUCCACUCGAGGUCCUCUUAUUGAAUACUACGGUACUUUAAAGAUGUAUGUUGGAGAUCGUCGCACUUUUACAGCUGGGGCAGGAAAAGAUAGAGCUACUCUUGGAAAGUUCUUUGCUCUACGUCUGUUAGAAGAAAUGUAUAAUUUAGGCUACAACAUGCACAUAAGUAGUGAUUUAGCAAGAGAACAUGACCAGGCUACUUGGUUCUUUUCAAAGAGUGCGAUACCGAACGAAAAUAGAGGUCGAUAUAGAGUUUGCUGUAUUGCUCCUGGGGGAUUAAGAAGCAACAAACUUGUCCUUCUACAUCAUGAUGAGUAUAUAAAACAAGCAGUUAUGCUAGCUCUUGGAGAUGCUUGGCCCAAGGGUGUAUCUAAAACUGAGGACAUUAUGUCCUACGGUGAGUUGCUGCAUGAGAUUUCUUUAAAUGGAUACUGGGGUCAGACUAAAGAAGAUGGAAUCAACACUCGAAAAGCAAUAUGCAAUUUGGUUGGAAGGAUGGGUGGGCUGAACUGGAAGCUUCUUGCUUCAAGUAAUUUAAAAGGAACUGCUGACUCCUUCUUUUUUGUAUACGAUCCAACUUUUUCUGCUCAACCGAAUGAUUUCUGUAUGCUGUCCCUGUCUAAAAAUGACAGGUUUAGGUUGAUUAACUGCAACCACCUCAUUGAACCCUUGAAGACGGCUAUUACUGCUGCUGGUCUUUCUAUUCAAGAACAGCUGAUUUAUUACGGUAGCCAAGAGAUCAAGGUACGUGGCAAUCCUUGGCGUUCGGGCUCGAAUCGUGAAGCCAUUGCUGCACGAAGAAGUAUUUCACGAAUUAUGGAAGUUUUUGGUAAACAUGGAUACACUCCACUCUACGCGAUCGACGUAAGCCGUAGUUUGACUGACAAAGCCUCUAUUCUCUUCUGGAAAAAUCCAUCACCUAUGAACUGCAAAUAUGCUUGCUUGUCAUUGACCAGCACGAAAAGGCUUCGGCUACUUGAUUUUCCCAUUGAUGUUGGUGCCGCAAUGAGGGAUUGUAUCCACCAGUUCUAUCCGUUUGGUGUUCAAAACGAGGUCAAAUUACCAGACUCCAACCUAGAAAUAAAUAUCAAGGGGUGGCCGUGGAUUGUUCAUGCACUGUCCAAGGGUGCUGCUUUCUAUCACAUGAGAGCUGUUUUGGGCAAAAUGAUGGCUAUUGCGGCCCAGCACGGAUGGUAUGUUUCUAUUUCAGCAGAUGUUUCGUCUAAAGUAGGUGGAGAUGACAACAAUCAAUAUCCUUUAGAUGUUCAUAGCAUAUAUUUUGUGAAGAUGCAAUGAUAAUUUUUCUCAGAUUUUUAAACAAAUAAGGACUUUAAUACCAAACUCAAAAAGAGAAGAUUAUUCAAUUCUGAUAUUUUCUGCUAUUGUUUAUUCUUUCAAGAAAAUUUCUGAUUUUUUCUGAAUAGACUCAGUGAUGUGCUUAUUAUGAAGGUAAAUACUAAAUAGAUACUAAUAUAGUUGCUCAAUAAA